AUGACGAGCGUUCCUUGGUGGCAUUGUGAUGAAGGCCUACUCCCGUCAACCAGACCGGCGACGAGACCCCACUUUUUCAAGAUAAUACACUCCACUAUCCUUAGAGAUGGAACACUAAGAAUUCCUAAGAGGUUUGUGAGCAGAUAUGGAAAGAACCUGUCGAAUAUUAUGUUUCUCAAGGUUCCUAGUGGCGAGGUGUGGCAAGUGGGACUGAAGAGAGGCGAUGGUGAGGUUUGGUUGGAUGGUGGCUGGCGGGAAUUUGUUGAGUAUUACUCCAUUGGGUAUGGGCAUUUUUUAGUGUUCAGAUAUGAAGGAAAUUCCAUUUUCCGUGUACUUAUAUUUGAUAUGACUGCUUCCGAGAUUGAAUAUCCUUCCACUAAUGCCCCACAUUAUGAAGAACCAAGCACUAACAUUGGGGGAAGCCUACCGCCCAAGAUGGAAGAAAUUGACAAUGAUGUUUCUGUUGAGAUUUUGGAUGUUUUUCCAGCCAGGCAGAGAACAAAGGAGAAAGACACGAUCAAUAUAUCUUCUAGUGAAGAAGAGUUCAUCCCCUGUUUGCCCGAAAUUGUGGAAAUUGAGAGUGAUGUUUCUGUUGGAACGUCUGAUGUUUUCCCUACAAGCCAGAAUCCAGAAGAGAAAAGAAGUUCGCCUUUUCUUCAGCCCACUAAGUUAAGAAGCAACAACUCUUCUCGGAAAACUGAUAACACCUCCAAUGUCCGAUCUCUGUUUCCACAUUUUCAGCCCAAAGGAGUUGGAGCUACUGGGGUGAAGUUUGAAAAGUCAGGGAUAGAUGCAGAUUGGCUUCCCGGGACGUCAGGGCUUAAGGUUGGCCAUGAUUUUCACGCAAAAGAGAGCUGUGGAACAGUAGCCGCCAUUCAAAGAAACGUGCUGUCCGGGGUUCUACCACCAGUGACCGCCAGCAAAGAAGUAGGGGCUCUUCAAAGAGCCAUAGCUUUCAACCCGGAAAAUCCUUUCUUCAGAGCGAAAAUGGGACCAAGUUACCUUGGAACGUCAAGGCAUGGUUUGAAUAUACCAAUCUGGUUUGUGGAGAGGUACUUCAAAACAGAUGACAAGUCUAUAACCCUUUGGGGUUCGGAUGGGAGAACUUGGUCCACUAGCUGUCGUCUGGGAAGGAGAUACGGAAAGCGGGUUGCAGAACUACUCUAUUCUGGUUGGAAAAUAUUCGUGCAGGAUAAUCAGUUGAAAUUAGAAAGCAACGCUGCACGUCUGUAAGCUACAUAUAACAGUCAUCUGGGAGCUGGUGGUGACCCAUGAUCAAAGCUAUUCUCCAGCAAAGCAAUGAACGGGUCACUCCCAUCAAAUUUUCUUGGGAAGAAUCCACGGUUUCUCUUAGCCCGAAUGCAACGAUGAAAACAAAACUGCCAUGUCUUCUUCUAAAACUGUUGACGUUCCUACAAUUCAGACCCUGUUUCCACAUGUUCAAACCAAAGGCAUUCAAGGCACUGGGAUAUGUAAUCUCAAAAGUUAGAUACAUAUGUAAAUCUGGAGUCUAAUCGUUUUCAACUGUACAACAUCAUCUCAAUUAUGUUCUCGUCCAUAAGUUACUGUGAAAUAUGAAAUGGACAAAAUAAAAUUAACUAUGGCCACCUAAA